AGCCCGCCCCUUAAAGGGUGGCAUUUGCAAGUCUAUAUCAGAUUAAUGCUGAUAGUCCUACCUACUUUGCAGAGUGAACGCAGCUCGGACUGAAUUCUCCAGUGUCAUUUAAGGAUUUUUUCUAAUUUGACAGUUAAACGGGAGGAUAACAGGUCAAGACACAGCAUGUCUGCACUGCGUCGUCUGAGGCAGUGCCAGGCCACAGGCAUUGCUGUCUGUCGUCUACACAAAAGCAGCAGUGCCUCUGCCAAACAUCAUUACAAAAUGCUCGUGCUCGGAGGAGGAAGUGGGGGCAUUACAAUGAGUGCACGAAUGAAGAGGAUGAUGGGAGCUGAGAAUGUGGCUGUUGUGGAGCCCAGCGAGAUGCACUACUAUCAGCCAAUCUGGACGCUGGUUGGUGCUGGGGCAAAAUCUGUGGCCUCAUCAGGGCGUUCCACUGCGAGUGUUGUGCCGUCUGGAGUAAAGUGGGUGAAAUCUAAAGUUCAGGAAAUCAACCCAGAUGCAAAUACUGUCCGCACAGACGAUGGGACUGAAAUCUCCUAUGAGUAUUUGAUCGUGGCUCUUGGUUUACAACUUCAUUAUGAGAAGAUCAAAGGACUGCCAGAAGGAUUUGAGCAUCCAAAGAUUGGGUCAAACUACUCAGUCCAAACUGUGGAGAAAACGUGGAAAGCGCUGCAGGACUUCAAAGAGGGCAACGCUGUUUUCACUUUCCCAAAUACUCCUGUGAAAUGUGCUGGAGCUCCACAGAAGAUCAUGUACCUAACAGAUGCCUAUCUCAGAAAGUAAGGAAAAAGAGCGAAGGCCAAUUUAAUAUACAACACAUCUCUACCUGUGCUCUUUGGGGUCAAGAAAUAUGCAGAUUCAUUGUGGGAUAUUGUUAAACAGCGUGACCUACAGGUGAACCUGAGGCACAACCUGAUUGAAGUGCGGGCAGAUAAGAAAGAAGCUGUGUUUGAAAAUCUUGACAAACCGGGCGAAACCAAAGUGUUUGAGUAUGAAAUGCUUCAUGUCACUCCACCAAUGGGACCCAAUUUGGUGAUUAAAGGCAGUCCACUGGCAGAUCCGGCGGGUUGGUUGGAUGUCAACAAAGACAACCUCCAACAUAAUAUGUAUUCAAAUGUGUUUGGGAUUGGAGAUUGUACCAAUCUGCCCACAAUCAGAACGGCCGCUGCUGUUGCUGCACAGUCUGCUAUAUUGAGCAGAACCAUCAGGAAAAUUCUGAAAAAUGAGAAGCCAGAUAAGAAGUAUGAUGGCUACACUUCAUGUCCGUUGGUCACGAGCUACAACACGGUAAUUCUGGCAGAGUUUGACUACAAUAACCAACCACUGGAAACAUUCCCCAUCAACCAAGCCAAAGAAAGAAGACUCAUGUACUACAUGAAAGCUGAUGCGUUGCCUCACCUCUAUUGGCACGGGCUUUUAAAGGGCCUAUGGGGUGGACCAGGACCAUACAGGAAACUCUUUCAUUUUGGGAUGAAAUGAAACCUCACCAUCACUUUGCAAGUUAAUACUGCACAUUUAAUCGAGAGGAUGGACACAGAUAGUGGCUAGUUCAGUGGCAAUAUGUCUCGCUUUAGUUAAACCUUCACUAAGUUGUGAAUUGAUGUUGCCAUGGAAUAAAAUGACUCCCUGUAAUGAGAAAAAGUCACUUGACUCUGCAGUCCCAAGUAGCUUUUAGCUGCUUUUGGUUCUUUUGGCAGCACUUUGAAUGUACAGUCUUGCUGCUUUCAUCAACCUUAUUAUCCAACCAGCAAAAGGUUUGUAGAAGAUUCUUAGAUUUGCGACCCUAACUUCUUGCUGCAGAGUAUAUAAUCCAUGUUACCCAUGUACAUCCAAUAAACAGACCCAAUUGGCCUUUUUUUUAAAUUGCAAGUGUAAAUGAACUAUUAAAAAUGUUGAUGCUUUGGUACAAUAACAUGGUCAUUUGUUUUUACAGGAUAUUGGAGGGAUGCCCACCUCUACAGCUGUAAUCACUGUAUACCAGUCAUUACAAGUGCUGUGUUAAUAGCAGUCACUAAGCACAAUAUAUAUUGCUUUACUAAAAAUGGUGUAUAUAUAGGACGUCAGUAAUAAUGUGUAUAGUUUGUCGUCAGUUUAGGUCUUCAGUGUUCUCCAAAUUACAUGCUAAAGCAUCCAGUCUAUGAAAAUGUAUUUGUAUCCAUGGUACAAUGUUAAUCAUUUAUGCUAUCAAACAUAUUGUAUGAGUGGUUGUAUUUGAGAAUGCUUAACCAUCAACUUGCAAACUAAGUGCUUUUCUUAUAUCAGAAACAGAGUUUUGUACAUAGAUUAUUUUUCUAUCAGCGCUUAACCGAGUUAAAAACGUCAUGGUGGUUAUAUAGUCGGUGCAUUUCUUUUUAAUCAUUAAAAUGACUGUAUACACUUUAAACCUGCUGUAAUUAUGAUAUUGAAGUAAAAACUGAAAUUGUUGAUGAAAAAUCAUAAAUACAUUCUCAGUAUUGUUUCAA